GUCAAUUUGGACCGCUUACCACAACUUCCAUUCUCUAAGGCCAAGGGCAUAGCGGUUUUGCUAGAUAUUUUUGAGUGCGAGAUGGUUCCUUUGGAUAAGGGUUUCUUUUCAUAAUUUGGAGAGUGGGCUUGGAAGAUUUUCUCAUUUCUCCGAUACACAAUUCCAAUUCUAUUCUCCAAUUCAACCUUUUGAAACCUAUGAAAUGGCUGGAGUUGCUAGGUUGAGUUACUGCUCUCUCCCAAUGUCUAAAUUUUCAUCUUCAAGUACUUUUGAGAAAGUGAAGUUCAAUCUUCCUCCGUGCCCGUUUAUAGAAAUGGUUGGUGUGUAUGUUGUUUGCGCUAAAUAUUGUCCCACCAGUUCUUUGGCAAGGAGUAUUCAAGAUACUAAAAAGUAUAAAAAUUUAAUGGUAGCUUCAAGUUCUUCUCAACAAACUGUUCAUGUUCAAGGAGAUAAUCAGGUAAGCUUGGAUUUUAAACAUUUAUGCAGAGAAGGGAAAGUGAAAGCAGCUCUUCAGGCAAUGGAUAAAAUGGAAAAGAAGGGAGUUUUUUUGGGCUCCAUCGAUAUCGUUGAAUUGCUUAAGGUUUGUGUCGAUUUGAAAUUGUUGGAAGCUGGAAAAAUGGUUCAUGAGUAUGUUCUGAGGUCUCCAUCAAAACCAAGUUCCGUUGUGUUUAAUAAAUUGGUGGAAAUGUACUGUGGACUGGGUGAUACUGGAAGUGCAAAAAAAGUGUUUGAGCAAAUAUCUGAUAAAAAUUUGGAUUCUUGGAAUUUGAUGCUGCUAGGUUUGGCAGAAAAUGGGGAAGGAAAAGAAGCUCUUCAAAUUUUCGGCCAGAUGAAAGAAGCCGGGGUGAGGCCGAAUGGGUCUACUUUUGAUUGUGUUAUGGAGGCUUGUGUUUGCUUAGGAGCAGUGGAGGAAGGAUUAACACACUUUAAGUCGAUGAGCCGGGAUUAUUCUAUCAAUCCAACAAUGGAGCAUUACGAGAGUAUUGUUGAUCUUCUUGGAAGGUCACAGAAGAUUACUGAGGCUAAAGAGAUCAUUAAAAACAUGCCAAUUGAACCAAGCUCUGUGGUGAGGGAGACACUAGAAAAGUACACCAAAACUGGACGUACAGAGCAGCCUGGUGAAUUGGGUUCAUUUGUAUCACCUUCGGGUUUGAGACUUAGUAAUAAGAAGAAGGUAAGGGACAGCUUAAUUUCAAACCAAAAGAAAGCAAGUCCAGAGAGAAGCAAGGCCUAUGAAAAGCUGAGGUCUUUGGGUAAGGAGGUGAGAGAAGCUGGCUAUGUGCCAGACACAAAGUAUGUACUUCAUGAUCUCGACCAAGAAGCAAAAGAGAAGGCAUUGAUGUAUCACAGUGAAAGUUUGGCCAUUGCUUAUGGGCUAAUCAGUACUCCUCCUGGAACCACCCUAAGGAUCAUCAAGAAUCUAAGGAUCUGCGGAGAUUGUCACAACUUUGUCAAGAUACUUUCAAGCAUUGAGAAAAGAGAGAUAAUUGUUAGAGACAAUAAGAGGUUUCACCAUUUUAAGGAUGGGAAAUGUUCCUGUCGAGAUUACUGGUGAAAACUAAUUUCUUUUAGAAUUAUGGAGCUCCUUCCUAGUUCAUAAAACCUGAUUCUGUAUGUCAUCUCAUCUUUGAGUAGGACACUGUGUUGCUCUGUCGACUUAGAAGCAGAAAUUUGGUAUUGGAGAUGAAACCAUGUCAUCAAAGGCUGCAAUAACUUGGAAGAUUUAAGGCCACUGUUGUGGUUCAGACUUGUAAUUACAUGUUUAGAUGGCCUGUCGCAUGCGUUCAUCUGUAUGGAAACAACUAUGCUAUUGUUUACGUGUUAAUGAUCAAU